AUGGCUCGUACCAAGCAAACCGCUCGUAAGUCCACUGGAGGAAAGGCUCCUCGCAAACAGCUGGCCACUAAGGCUGCUCGUAAGAGUGCUCCAGCCACCGGAGGAGUCAAGAAGCCUCAUCGUUAUCGGCCAGGAACCGUUGCUCUGCGUGAGAUCCGUCGUUACCAGAAAUCCACCGAGCUGCUGAUCCGCAAGUUGCCCUUCCAGCGUCUGGUUCGUGAAAUCGCUCAGGAUUUCAAGACCGAUCUGCGUUUCCAGAGCUCGGCCGUCAUGGCUCUGCAGGAAGCUAGCGAGGCUUAUCUGGUUGGACUGUUCGAGGACACCAAUCUGUGUGCCAUCCAUGCCAAGCGUGUCACGAUCAUGCCAAAGGACAUCCAGCUGGCUCGUCGUAUUCGUGGAGAACAUGUUGAUGAACAGGACGGCUUGGAUGUUGGGCAAAACACCUCCCUGAGCGAUGGUGACGCCCGAGAGCAGUUUGUUCAACUCCUCGUCAUUGCGGAUGGCCAGCUGAAGAUGACGCGGGAUGAUACGGGUCUUCUUGUUGUCACGAGCGGCGUUUCCUGCCAAUUCCAGCACUUCAGCUGCCAGAUAUUCCAUGACAGCGGCCAGAUAGACGGGAGCUCCAGCUCCGACACGUUCUGCGUAGUUGCCCUUGCGGAGCAGACGAUGGAUACGACCAACUGGGAACUGAACGGAAAGGCCGCCAAGAAGUCCGGCAAGGCCCAGAAGAACAUCGUCAAGGGAGACAAGAAGAAGAGGAAGGUCCGCAGGAAGGAAUCCUAUGCUAUCUACAUCUUCAAAGUGUUGAAGCAAGUCCACCCUGAUACCGGAAUCUCGUCCAAGGCCAUGAGCAUCAUGAACAGCUUCGUCAACGAUAUCUUCGAACGUAUCGCUGCUGAAUCCUCUCGGCUGGCUCACUACAACAAGCGCUCGACCAUCACAUCCCGCGAAAUCCAGACUGCCGUCCGUCUGCUGCUUCCGGGAGAGUUGGCCAAGCACGCCGUCUCUGAAGGAACCAAGGCUGUCACCAAGUACACCAGCUCCAACACGUUCUCCACGAAUACGACGAGCCAACUGGAUGUCCUUUGGCAUGAUCGUGACACGCUUGGCAUGGAUGGCACACAGAUUGGUGUCCUCGAACAGUCCAACCAGAUAGGCCUCGCUAGCUUCCUGCAGAGCCAUGACGGCCGAGCUCUGGAAACGCAGAUCGGUCUUGAAAUCCUGAGCGAUUUCACGAACCAGACGCUGGAAGGGCAACUUGCGGAUCAGCAGCUCGGUGGAUUUCUGGUAACGACGGAUCUCACGCAGAGCAACGGUUCCUGGCCGAUAACGAUGAGGCUUCUUGACUCCUCCGGUGGCUGGAGCACUCUUACGAGCAGCCUUAGUGGCCAGCUGUUUGCGAGGAGCUUUUCCUCCGGUGGACUUACGAGCGGUUUGCUUGAAUCUUCAACAAUGACUGGCCGCGGCAAGGGAGGAAAAGGUCUAGGAAAGGGUGGCGCCAAGCGUCAUCGCAAGGUUUUGCGUGAUAACAUCCAGGGAAUCACCAAGCCCGCUAUCCGUCGUUUGGCUCGUCGUGGAGGAGUCAAGCGUAUCUCCGGUUUGAUCUACGAGGAAACUCGUGGUGUUCUGAAAGUGUUCCUGGAAAACGUGAUCCGUGACGCUGUUACCUAUACUGAACACGCCAAGCGGAAAACCGUCACUGCCAUGGACGUCGUCUAUGCCUUGAAACGCCAGGGACGCACUCUACCAACUGCCUGCCGAGUCUUUGGUGGUAGAACCACCAUGGCUCGUACCAAGCAAACCGCUCGUAAGUCCACCGGAGGAAAGGCUCCUCGCAAACAGCUGGCCACUAAGGCUGCUCGUAAGAGUGCUCCAGCCACCGGAGGAGUCAAGAAGCCUCAUCGUUAUCGGCCAGGAACCGUUGCUCUGCGUGAGAUCCGUCGUUACCAGAAAUCCACCGAGCUGCUGAUCCGCAAGUUGCCCUUCCAGCGUCUGGUUCGUGAAAUCGCUCAGGAUUUCAAGACCGAUCUGCGUUUCCAGAGCUCGGCCGUCAUGGCUCUGCAGGAAGCUAGCGAGGCCUAUCUGGUUGGAUUGUUUGAGGACACCAAUCUGUGUGCCAUUCAUGCCAAGCGUGUCACGAUCAUGCCAAAAGAUAUUCAACUGGCUCGUCGUAUUCGUGGAGAACGUGCUUAA